CCAGCUAUUGUCAUUUCUGGAGGAAAUGGUAAUAGCUGGCUGUGAGUAAUACACUAUCUGAAGAUGAGAACAAACACCAGAAAUAGGAAGCUUUCACUGAAAAAAAAAAAGAUACAGACCCUGUGUUAAAGAGAGAAGUUAUUCCGCUCGUAGGUUUCAUUCAGCUUCAAUAUUUACCUCAGUAAUGGAGCGCAUUCUGUUUCUGGCUCUUCUUUCAGGCAUCCAGGGAAAAGACAUCUGGGGUCCCGCGGUCGUCACGGGCCGCAAGGGCGAGUCUCUGUCUUUCUGCUGCGGGUACGACGAAGUCUACACCCGCAAGGAAAAGUACUGGUGCCGAGGGGAGAGCUUUAGUUCGUGCCGCACCGUGGUGACGAGCUUAGGCCCGCGAAGUGGACGCACCUCUCUCGAGGACCACAGAGGUAGCAGAAAGUUUUGCGUCACCAUAAAAGACCUCACAGUGCAGGACAGUGGGGCGUACUGGUGUGCCAUGGACUUAUGGAUAGCCGACAGUCACGUGGCUGUUGCUCUCAGCGUCGAUGCAGCGAGACCAGUGACCCCAUCGAAACCAAGCACAGCGAGCCCCACGACUAAACCAGCGACCACAAUCGCACCCAGCCCCUCUGCGGGCCCCCCCGCGGCGACUAGCGCGGCGACUCUGGAGCCCCCAACCACCCCGCCGUCACGGAGAAACGAAACCGGCUCAAAGAGGCCAGAGGAGCCCAGCACAUUAACCAUCCUGAGCAUUUCUACAGGUCUCCUGCUCCUCUUCCUGUGUCUGGCCUGCGUCAUGGCCACCGUCUGGAGACGUACUGGAAGCAGAGGCGAGCUGGAGGGGAAAGGGGACAGUUCAAAGUCAUUUGCCGAGGCCACCGAGAUACAGUACGCUGAAGUAACUGUCAAUACGAGAAGUCAGCCCCUGAGUGACUUCGUCAUAUAUGGCAAUUUGUAUUUUCACACAAUUGCUGAAGAUCGGUCACAAGAGGGCAGUGUUGAGUACGCUGCGGUCAAACGCUGAAGAAUCUCCGGUAUAAGUGGAAGAGGAAGAGCGCAAGAGAAUCUGGAAUAAUCUUCUCCAGCGCUGAAAAGAUGCUUCAUUUUCUCUAAAAGAGGGAGUGAUGUUCUUCAAGCAUAAAUGUGUGGCAUUUAAAAAAUGUAUAUAACCUUUAUUUGCUGCAAGAAAAAAAAAGUGAUGUGAUCUUUCAAAUGUAUUUUUUAUAUUUGUAAAAUAUUUAUUCUGUAUUAUACAGCCCCGAGGACUGAAGGCACAGGUGCUGAUAUCUGAUAUUUAUUUUUAUUCUGUUUGAAGAUGGGGGGCCUCAUCUUCACCAAGUACAGUUGAUUAGAGUCCAGUCUAAUGAACUUUUAAAUGUUUCUCUUAAAGCAGGUGUGAUCAGCUUUGGCACAGUGCCAAUUUGACGGGACUUUGGGCGUGUUUUUGAGUUUCUUUAGAAAUGAAGUCACACAACGGUUCUGCCAGCCCUUCCUUCGUUUUUCCUGUUCUUUUUUCUUUUUUACUUUUUUGUCUUAAUGUCUAAGAUUCUGUCUCAGUUGUUUCAAAACCUGUUUGUUUGGUUUGGAAAGCAAUGGUCAGAGUUUUCAUGUUUGUGUUUUUUUUUAAAUGGUAUGGUUUUAUCAAAGCUUCCUUGUCUGUUUUAAAAGUGUAUAGCAGCAGACUGUAUACAGUAGCAGAUAAUGAUCUCCUUUGGUUUUGCCCGUUUGGGUAGUCUUACACUUCUUUGACUCAAGUGUAAAAUGAUGAUCAAGUUAAGUGCACUGGACCCAAUUUCACUUCUUCCAAGUCGGUAUUGUUACUUUUUGUCAUGUCUCCAUUUGCAUCAGUCCAAAAACUGUGUAGGACUAGCCUUUACUGCUUGGAGUGAUUGAAAUCUUCAGUGGAAUGCUAAAAUAAAUAUUUAGCCUGUGAA